AUGGCCGCUGUGAAUAGGACAACAGUGACUCAUUUUAUUCUGCUGGGCUUCACUGAAGUUCCAGAAUUACAAGUGUUUUUGUUUCUCAUCUUCCUCCUGGUAUAUACAGUCACAGUUGUGGGGAACAUUGGUAUAAUAUUUAUAAUUAAUUAUGAUCUGCAUCUCCGAAGCCCCAUGUAUUUUUUCCUAGGACAUUUGUCAUUUAUAGACCUGUGCUACUCAUCAGGAAUAACCCCUAAAAUGCUGAUGAGUUUUGUGACUGUGCUUAAUGCCAUCUCUUUCUGUGGCUGUGUAAUACAGCUGUUUUCUUUUGCUCUCUUUGGUACAACAGAAUGUGUCCUACUCACGGUUAUGGCCUACGACCGUUAUGUGGCAGUGUGUGACCCACUAAUGUAUAGCACUAUCAUGACAAAGCAGUUGUGCUACAAGUUGGUUAUACUAUCGUACAUAUUGAGCAUCUUCAACUCCAGUCUAAACACCAUUUGCACAUUUGCAAUAUCCUCUUUUUGUGGCCCAACCACAAUACAUCAUUUCUACUGUGAUUUCCUACCACUGCUGAAGCUCUCCUGCUCCGAUACCUUGGUAGUGAAGCUGGUCCUCUUUACAUCUGCAGACUUUUUGACCAUGAGCGCUCUUGGUAUCAUUGUAGCCUCAUAUGCUUCCAUUAUAUGUAACAUACUAAGGAUCCAUUCAACUGAUGGAAGAAGAAAAGCUUUCUCUACAUGCACAUCUCAUUUUUCUUGUGUCUUAAUGUUUUAUGGGACAAUUCUCUUCAUGUAUCUCAGACCUUCCACCAGCAACAUGUUGGAUCAAGACCGGGUGGCUUCUAUUCUUUACACAGUAAUAAUUCCAAUGCUAAACCCUCUAAUUUAUACCCUGAGAAACAAGGAGGUAAAACAAGCCCUUCAGAAAAACUGGCAAUCACUAUGCAAUGUUUAA